AUGAUAUACUAUCAGAAAAUGCAUACAAAAAUAAUUUUUGGCAUGGUAAUACUUGUUCUUGCUUGCUGUAAAACACUUCAUGCAAGUCCAUCAAAAUCACUUUUGCAAAGAAUAAAAAACGUCAUUAAUAAAGUAUCAGGUAGAACUAUUGCUUUAAAUAAAGCAGAAUCACAGGUCACCUUGUGUGUACCACGAUGGUACAACAGAACAAUAUCUUACAAAGGAUGCAGUCCAAAAACAAUGGAGCUGAAAUACUGUUAUGGACGAUGCAAUUCGCUUUACUACCCUGGCAAUAAGGGCUAUCAGGAUACCCUUACAUUUUGUAAAAAUUGCAUGCCGAAUAGUUCACAUUGGGCGACAAUAAGGCUUGACUGUCCAUUUGACACAAAUGAAAAACAUAAUCAUUUUAAAGUGGAAAUCAUUGAUUCUUGCAAAUGUGGUUUAUGCCGUUAA